UUGUAAGACGAUAGUGGUUAGCAUUUUGUGAAUUGUAAAGACUGUAUAUUUUAGUUGGUAAUAAGUAUGGAUAUAUAUAUAGUUUAUAAUUUUUACAACGAAACGUGUGCCUCGUGAGUGGAAGAAUGGAUUUAACGUCAAUUUCGUACCAUCUAGCGAAUUAGUGGCGAUUUCUUUGUUUUUGUCCUUAGUAUGAAUUCAAUCAUAAAUGCUCUACAUCAUCCUACACCUCAGGAUAUCGAGAUGGCUUUAUCCCGCACUCGUUCUUUAAUGAAUAAUAUUAAUGGUGCAUCAACAAGUGUUCCAACUGAAGCAUAUCUUCCCCAAGUCCAAGAAAAUAGUAAUCAUUUGCCUCCUUUGAAAACUGGACAAACUCUUGAUGAUGCUGCACUCAACAGUCAUAACACACAAAACAAAUCUGCCAAACAAUCAAGUGUUAGUAAUAUAAGCGCUACUGUUAGCAUACCAAAUCAAAUAUUACCUACAGUUAUAUCCCAAGGAGAUCUGCUCUUUGGUACUCAUAGCCCUAAUCAAACAAAGAAUGGGUCCUCCAAACCCAAGGCUAUGGUGGCUACCCCUGACCAAGUUGUCAAGCUCUAUUUCAACAAACUUACUCCUUACGAAGUUCAUGAGAUUUUCACUUACCAAGAAAUAUAUUUUAUUGGUGCAAAUGCAAAGAAAAGGCCUGGCAAUGCAUGUGCCCCUUUCAACUGCGGCUUUGACAAUGAACAAGGCUCUUAUAUUCACAUACCGCACGAUCAUGUUGGUUAUAGGUAUGAAGUCCUUAAGGUAAUAGGAAAAGGCAGCUUCGGACAAGUAGUUAAAGCUUAUGACCACAAAUUUCAUGAACACGUUGCUUUGAAAAUGGUGCGAAAUGAGAAAAGGUUUCACCGCCAAGCACAAGAGGAAAUUAGAAUACUGGAUCAUCUCAGGAAACAAGACAAAGAUAACACGAUGAAUAUAAUUCAUAUGUAUCACAGUUUUACUUUCCGUAGUCAUAUGUGUAUAACAUUUGAACUUCUAUCAAUAAAUCUAUAUGAACUGAUAAAAAAGAAUAAAUUUCAAGGUUUCAGCCUGACUUUAGUGCGGAAAUUUUCACAUUCUCUUUUACAGUGUUUAAAUGCGUUACAUAGGAACAAAAUUAUACAUUGUGACAUGAAACCGGAAAACGUUCUUCUUAAGCAGCAAGGAAGAAGUGGUAUCAAGGUGAUUGACUUUGGAUCGAGUUGUUACGAAAAUCAACGAGUGUACACCUACAUACAGUCCCGCUUCUACCGGGCCCCUGAAGUGAUUCUUGGCGCACGCUAUGGGAUGCCCAUAGACAUGUGGAGUCUGGGCUGUAUACUAGCAGAACUGCUCACGGGAUUCCCGCUGCUCCCAGGAGAGGAUGAAGCAGAUCAGCUCGCAUGCAUCAUUGAACUGCUUGGGAUGCCUCCUCAGAAGUUGAUUGACAACUGUAAGAGGGCCAAACACUUCAUAAGCUCCAAAGGUUACCCUCGGUAUUGUUCAGCUAUAACCAUGCCCGACGGCAAGACAGUGCUGAACGGAGGGUUAUCAAGAAGAGGGAAGCAUCGAGGCCCCCCAGGCUCCAAAGCCUUGUCGACUGCACUCAAGGGGUGUGAUGACCCUCUCUUCCUGGACUUUGUCAGCAGAUGUCUGGAGUGGGACCCAGAGCAACGUAUGACUCCCAGCGCGGCAUUGCGCCACGGUUGGCUGCGUAGGCGACUGCCUCGCCCACCGGCCAGCGAUUCUGCCUCUCUAGGCUUGCGCACCCCCGUGCCACGUAACACUCUCACCAACACCUUGAACAAGACGCGGGCCGUGCUGUCCGACGACAGAGCCAAUACGAUACAUUCCCGGCACUCCCAGUCAUACUCCUCGGGAAAGUUCCCCCAGCUCUCUGCCAAUGCCUUACCACCGACAUAGCCCGCCCCCUCGGGCUAUCACGAUGCCUUAGAGUGAUAUAGGUCUUUACGGACUACAUUGAUCUCCAACUGAUUCGGUCCGGUUUAGUUUUAUUUAGUUUGAUCCUCAUGUGUACUGACCGCCGGUUGCCGUGAUUUUGUGUACUUUAAUUUGUUGACAUUGUAAAACUUAAUAGUUGUAGUUUUGUAAAAGAGCUUUCAAGAGAAUGUAUUGUACAUUUAUUAGUUGAGCUGGAUAUAUAAAAAUGUAAAAAAAUUAUAUAUUGCAGACACCAUUUAAAUAUGUAAAAUAAUCUGACUUUAGUUUGUAGAAAGCUAUUGGCCUGAGUAUGCAGGGGUUGCUAAUACUGCCCAAUAAUGUUUGUGUAUUUUUCUUUUUGCAUUUACUGUUUUAGUUUAUCAUGAUGCUUCAAAUGGAUUAAGCAUUUUUUGUUUGUUUGGAGUUAGUGAAAAACGUUUACCACAACAGUAUAUAUCUAUUUUAUAUUAUUAUUGUAUAGAAAAUAACACCACCGACAUUUUGUUUUACAGAACUUUUAUAGGUUUUUAAGUAACCAAGGAAUCAAUCAAAACAUGGACCAUGUAUACACAUGUUAUACAUAUAAUGCAAUAUAUCCAUGCAAUACUUUUAGCAAUACAUGCAUACAUGAUAUGUUUCACACAUUCGGUUUAAUAAUGACCUAUAUAAACUUGUUUUAAACUUAGU